CUUUGGGCACGAUGGGUCCUGGAGAGGAGCUGCCUGUGGAGCUGGGCGCCUGCGGUGGUGCCUCUGAGUUGGAGCUGCUGAAACUGCGCGCUGCGGAGUGCAUCGACGAGGCGGCCGGCCGCCUAGGGGCCCUGAGCCAGGCCAUCUGGAGCCAACCCGAGCUGGCCUACGAGGAGCAACAUGCCCACGGCGUGCUAACGCGCUUCUUCCAGUGCGAGCCACCGGCCGCCUCUUGGAUGGUGCAGCCGCACUACCACCUGGCCACGGCCUUCCGCGCCGAGUGGGAGACACCGGGGGUCCAUGUGUCACAGAACCCUCUGCACCUGGGCUUUCUGUGCGAAUACGACGCACUGCCCAGCAUCGGGCACGCAUGCGGCCAUAACCUAAUCGCUGAAGUCGGGGCGGCGGCGGCGCUGGGCUUGAAAGGGGCUCUGGAGGCCUUCCACGGGCCGCCUCCGCCGGUAAAGGUAAUUGUCCUGGGAACCCCUGCAGAAGAAGAUGGUGGUGGCAAAAUUGAUUUAAUUGAAGCAGGGGCUUUUAAAAAUCUUGACGUUGUUUUUAUGGCCCAUCCAUCCCAAGAGAAUGCUGCCUAUCUGCCUGAUGUGGCUGAACAUGAUGUGACUGUGAAAUACCAUGGAAAAGCAUCUCAUGCUGCUGCUUACCCCUGGGAGGGAGUAAACGCGGUCGACGCUGCUGUUCUCGCGUACAACAAUCUGUCUGUGUUGAGACAGCAAAUGAAACCAACCUGGAGAGCUCAUGGGAUAAUAAAAAAUGGUGGUGUAAAACCCAAUAUCAUUCCCUGUUAUUCUGAAUUAAUCUAUUACUUCCGUGCACCCUCAAUGAAAGAACUUACAGUUUUGACCGAAAAGGCAGAAGAUUGCUUCAGAGCUGCAGCUUUGGCUACUGGGUGCACAGUGGAAAUUAAAGGUGGAGCACAUGACUAUUACAAUGUCCUUCCCAAUAAAAGCCUAAGGAAAGCUUAUAUUGAAAACGGGGAAAAGCUGGGAAUAGAAUUCAUUUCAGAAGAUGAUGCAGUUUUGAAUAGCUCUUCAGGAUCUACUGAUUUUGGAAACGUUAGUUUUGUGGUUCCUGGGAUUCAUCCAUAUUUUUACAUUGGAUCUGAUGCCUUGAAUCAUACAGAACAAUACACUGAAGCUGCAGGAUCUCAAGAAGCUCAAUUCUACACUUUGCGUACAGCCAAAGCUCUGGCAAUGACUGCGUUGGAUGUGAUUUUUAAACCAGAGUUGCUAGAAAGAAUCAGAGAGGACUUUAAAUUGAAACUUCAAGAAGAAGAAUUUUUAAAUAGAGUAGAAUAAAAGGAAGAUUUAGGAGCCACUUGUGGAUCAUUAAGAAGUGGCUAUGUUUCUCAGAAUGAGAUCUUUGGUGACUGAUCAUGAAAUGAAAGGCUUCUGUACUUGAAACGUGGAGUCUUUACUACAAUUAUAGCUGACUCUUCAACAACACAUGCAUCGGUUAGGGGCACCAACACUCCCUCCUUCCCCCUCCUCACUCUACACAGUAAAAAAUCAUGUAUAAUUUUUGACUCUCCCAAAACUUAACUACUAAUAGCCUACUGUUGACCAGAAGCCUUACCAAUAAUAUAAAUAGUUGAUUAACAUAAUUAUAUGUAUUAUAUACUGUAUUCUUACAAUAAAGUAAGCUAGAGAAAAUAUUUUAAG